CCACUAUGAGAUUCAACGCGUUGGAGGUCACGGCCUGCAUUCUUGCCCAUAUAAGUAUGAUCUGCGGAGCACCUCAUAUCUCCGGAGAGGUUGGUUCGAGAUUGAGCCGGGGAAAAUCACUGGGUAAAAGGCACGGAGCUAAGCACACGAUUGUCAAGCACAAUGCUACAGGUUCAGAGUUCGACUUCGUCACAAAUUCUGGGAUCUGCGAAACCACUCCGGGAGUAAACCAGUACUCGGGUUACUUCUCUGUCGGAUCGAAUAUCAGCUACUUCUUCUGGUUUUUCGAAGCCCGACACAGUCCGGAACACGCUCCGCUCGUUGCAUGGUUCAAUGGUGGUCCAGGGUGCUCCUCCAUGAUGGGAUUGCUUCAGGCGAAUGGCCCUUGCCAAUUCUACAAUGGCUCGUCAACGCCCUCACCAAACCCCUACAGUUGGAACGAGUACGCGAACAUGCUUUACAUCGAUCAGCCUGCCGGUGUCGGAUUCUCUUACCAGUCAGACCAAACCAAUUCCUCUGUAACAUGCGACGACGAGGGCUACUGCAAACCAAGCGGGGUCAUCAAUACCACCGUCGAAGUCAACUCCACUGUAGCUGCUGCCCCUUUUGUCUGGAAAUUCGUUCAAGCUUUCUUCGCUCAGUUUCCUCAAUAUGAGAAUCGCGACUUCGGGAUUUUCACGGAGUCAUAUGGCGGUCAUUAUGGUCCAGGAUUCGCACAUUAUUUCGAACAGCAGAACGAAGAAAUUGCACGUGGCACUCUUGUUGGUCAAAAGGUCAACUUGGUGGCCCUGGGAAUCAAUAAUGGAUGGUACGAUGCCACAAUUCAAGAAAGACAGGGGGUUGAGUUCUACUUCAAGAACUCAUAUUACCCGCUCAUCAACGAGUCUAUAUAUAAAUCGAUGGUGGAGGGGUAUAAUGACCUUUGCCUUCCGGCUUUGAAGAAUUGCACCAGUGCUGCUGGAUCUGCCCUUGAUGAUGCUUGCAUGGAAGCCAACAUACAGUGCAAUAAAGGUGUUGACGACUUAGCUCUGGAUGCCAUAGACUCUUCAAUUUUCGCCUACGACAUCCGACAGAGCAGCAAAGACUCUACCAAGUUUACUCCACCUGCGACGUUUGCCAUAUGGCUCUCGGAACCCGCAAUUAUGGAAGCCAUUGGGGCAAAGGGUAGCUUCAUCUUGUGCUCUGACAGAGUUGAAGAACAAUUUAUAUCAACUGGAGAUGAUGCACGCUCUCUCCUCCCCGAGCUCUCAGAAGUGGUGAAGAGUGGCGUCAAUACACUCAUCUGGGCCGGUGAUGCCGACAUGGUGUGUGACUGGGUGGGAAACUUGGCCGUCGCGGAAGCAGUCGAGUACCCUGACAUCCACGUCUUCAAGUACAAGGAGGUGAAGAAUUACACCGUCAAUGGCGUUGUUUCUGGAACUUAUAAGACAGAAGGUCAGCUCAACUGGCUGCGAGUCUUUGAAUCUGGGCACUCCGUGUCUUAUUACCAGCCGGAAUUGGCGUUGCAAGUUUUCAAGCAGGUGAUGAAGGGGAGACCGAUUCAUUCGACUUAAUUCCUCCCGUUAUGGAUUUGAUGGUAGACUUUGGUGUGAGAAAUUUGCAAUACUAGGGAGCUUACAGGCAUCCAUAGACAGAGUUAGAUUCUCUUAGCAGCUGGCGAUGUGGUGACUGAAGACGUGAAAUAUGCCAACAAUGUACUUGCAAAGCUUGCUCUCAGGAUGAAGAAUUCAUUUGCUCUGUAGAAGGGAUCACCCACCAACACCGCCCAAACCCCCUUCCCGCCCACGCCUACCCCCCACCAAAAUUUUCUCGAUUUUUCAAAGUCUUUGGAAAAUUCUAAAAACUUUCCAAAUUAUAGAGAAUACUCGAAAUAUUGCGAGUAUCGUAUUAAUUUUUCGAACUUGUGGCGUUAAGGUCUCCAAAAUCCAAGUUGAGCGGGA